CCUGUGUCCGGUGAGAACUGCGAGAAGGCAAAGGGGUCGCAUUCGCUCCAGCGUGGAGUGUUGUAUAGUAACUACAGAAAAGGCUCAACCUGAAAACUCGCAUUGGUAUCCAGAUCAUUUAAUUACUGUUGAUUGAUAAAGUUUAUAUUCUGCGGUUGAGAGAUUGUAAGUUUUAAUACAUCUCGGUCCCUGAUCCAACAUGGCUUCUUCAGACCUUAGUCACGGAAAUACGAUUGUUAUCGAAGAGGACGGCAAAUUUCAACAGCAGAUCGAUCUUGCAGGAAACAGACUUGUUGUGGUGGACUUCACUGCUUCUUGGUAAGAUACAAGUGCUUUCUUUUUUGGAUCAUGAGCUAAAGAACCAAUAAACAUUGAGUAGCAGACGGAAACCGCAGGAAACCUUUCUAUAUAAACACAACUGUAUGUUCCUAACUGAUGCCGUUUGAGCGGUCACGCAUUAGGAUUUCAUUCACAAAUUCGAACGCUUACUUAUAAAAAUCACGUUCAUGAUCUCUGGUGAAUUUCGCGUAAAAUGUCCUUGAUAACGAAAAUCUUUUUGAUAAUGCAAGUCUAAAGUUGCUAAAAAUAUUACCUUUUUAAACACUUAGUACAAAAAUUAUUUAAACUUAUACUGUAAAUUCUACUUUUAGAGACAAUUAAUUUGUUACACAAGGCUGUUGCGUAACAUUUGUACUAAGUUCAGUUCAUGCUUGUUGAUAAGUUGCCUUUUACCAUAAACAUAGAGUUAGAACAAGAAAUAACACUAAGAAUGAAAGCACCAAAGUUGUUGUUAAUGUACAUGUAUCCUCUCCAUGGAAAUUAUUAAGCCAAGUACAUACCAAUUACAAACAAAAACCUUUUUAUUUUAUGUGAUGUCAUUCUUGCUUCUGCAAUGUUUCUUCUGUGGUAUAUUUAUUUUUUCAGUUUUAGUAUUUCUUCUCCUAUACUAAAAAUUAUUAUAUAUAAAAAUGCCUAGCAGCUGUUAUUUUAGCUUAUAGUAAGAUAAAUUUAGACAAGGUAGCUGUGUGCUAAGAAGAAUUGAAAGGCAGCCCAGUGUUCUGAACUUAUGAAAUCCAAGAUGCCCAGCAUAUGAUUUGUACGAAAAAAGUAAGAUUUUCUAGUCGCCCAGGGGCAAAAGUUAGGCACCACAGGCCGCCAGGAACUGAUAGAACACAGCCUUAGAUAAUAUAAAGUAGUUACAUGACAUUUUUUCACAAGUUUAACCAUGUUGAUCUAUUCCUUUUAUCUGCUCUUUGUUUUAAAUUAAGAAUCUUUCUUUGAAAUUUUGUACACUUAGAAUUCAAAUUAUAACAAACUUUUGCAUCCAAAAAUUUACGCUUUGGAUUGUUUUGAUCAACAUCAAUAUCCAGCAAACAUAAAAGUGUUGCCUUUUUCUUCUUUCAAGUUAUUGUUUCUGUGUUGUUUUGAAGUCAUAUCGUUUACGAGUAGUUUUGUUGCUAUUUAUUGUGUGUUUGCCUAGUCAUGACUGCUUAGUCAUACUUUUGCUUGUGAUUUGAGUGCUUGUAAAAAGGUCAUUUCCUUUUUAAACAACCUUUAGUUGACUUGAUAACUUAAUUUAAAAGAUCUACCCUCAAGACAGGAAAUGCUGUAAUGUUUCUAUUUUACACUUGACAUCCAUUUUGUGUCAUUUCCUUUCAAUAUAUGGGAUUGAAAGAAUAUAUCAUAGUUAUAUGUUUUAAAAAAACAUACGGCACUCUUCAAAUACUGGUAAAUUAAAAUGUUCUGGCUUCUGGAGAAGAUUUUAAAAGCAGUAAAUUUCAAAUUAACAUGUUCUUCCUUUUUCAACCAAAUUAUGGAGAAUUGAUUUGUCAUUGCAACGUUUAAAUUUGUCCACAGAUUCUUGUGAUGUUACCAUUCAAAUGAAACCUUUCUGGUCGAACGGUUUUCUUUAUACUCUAUAUUUCUAGGGAUUUUAUGAAGAGAAUUUGACUGUUUUUAUGAAGUUUUCUUUGUCCAUUGAAUAACACGGGUACAACCACAUCUUCAGCAACAGAACACUCACUUAUUGUGUUACAAUACAAUUAUUCUUACAGGGAGCUGUAGUUCUAUUCUUGGUGGGUAAUGUUUUAAACCUGACAAUAUUUUCAAAACCAUAAGUGGACCUUCAUCAUCAUGAAAUUGUGUUUGACUGGGCUGUUAAGUAGUCUGCACAAAAUAGGUAUUAUAAUAAUACUUCAGAUCCUAAGGGUUGUAAGGAUGCUUGUGAAACUCAUCACUCACAAAUCAACCUGUCUUAAAUAGAUUUUUUAGAUUAGUUUUCACUUCAGUGAGCAUAAUUUCCCAUGAGGGGGUAGUUUCUAAAUAAAUCUGACUAGGUGUUGUGUCAGAAAGAUACCUGAUGAAACCAUAAAUUCAAACUGUUAUGACAAGCGGACAUUUUUUUAUUCAGACAUUAUAUUUUCCUCAAGUUUUGUAGUGCUAAACAAUAACAAGUUUGUGUGAGUUUGAAUAAAAAACCACGUCUGAUCAGGCCCAAAUAUCUUUAUUUUCACAAGGACUUAUAGUUUAAUGAUAAGUUUUGUACAAAUGUAUAUGACACUUGUGGUUCACCCUUCUGCUUUUUCCUUGUUGCAAAUUUUAGUUUCUUUUGUUCUAUUUUCUUGUAUACUGAUGUUACAAAUUUAUGUGAAAAGAAGAAGGAAAGAAUAAGUCGUCAUUCAAAUUUGAUAAGUUACAUGUACAAGAAGUAAAUUUAUUUGAAUUUUCAGUUUAGUUUUUAGAAACGGGUCAUAAGUUAAGAUGUUACAAGGUAAUUGACUGGUGGGAUUCCACUUCUACUCCCAAGCCAGCUCUAAACUAAGAUGAAAAAAAAAGUUUUUUCUUUCCUUCAAAAACUACAACCUUGGACAAAACAUCUUGGGAAACUUGAGACUAUUAGGGGCAAAGAUGGCUCUUUGCUCAAGUAACUCAUAAUCAACUUCUUCUAAAAACGUGGGAAAGUUUUCCCUGCUAGUUGUUGUAAGAACCUAUUUCUGCUCUCCUGCUCUCUCCCCCAAGCAAUGUUGAUUUUUGAUUGUGUUGAAAAAGAGUGAAUGCAUGAUACAACACUGCACCAGGGGAGGGGGUGGUGGGGAGGGAGAGAAAAUGCAUCCUUUUGUCUAGCUAUUACAGUGUUCCAAGAGUUUUGACUAUGGAUUUAGCUAUCCGCAGGACACCCAGUUGUGCACUUGGCUAAUCCCUUGGUACAUAUACCCCUCAGCAAGGCCUUGACAGAGUUUAGUUUGACCUUGCUUAUUGAAUUAGGUCCCGAGUUGUGAUGAUCUGUUAUUGUGGCUUUAGGUGUGGUCCUUGCCGCAUGAUGACCCCUGUUUUUGCACGUCUGAGUGUGAAGUAUUCUGCUGCUGUUUUUCUGAAAGUAGAUGUUGAUCAGUGUCAGGUGAGAUUAUUGCAUAGCAGGGUACUCAGAAUAAUUUAGUCUUUUUUACUGUGAAGUGUGCAAAAUCGUGAACACCAGAAGUAUCUCUGGAAUGUUACUGUAUUGCAAUGAGAAGGCCAAUCAGGUGAGAAGAAAAAUAAACCACAAGCAGCAAUGGUAAUUACAGUUCCGAUUUUUGUAGUUUUGUGGCUUGCUCGACGCUAUGUCGAUUGUGAUCUUUGUUGUUAUUAGUCACAACACAGUAAACAUUCUUGAGAUAUUGUAGGUAAAAAAAUUUGAAUUAUAAAAUGUAAUUUGUUUACCCACGGAUCACUAAGGAGUUCAUAAGAAAUCGUUGAAACGUGUCCGUGCGUUCCAGAUCGAAUUGGAAUUUGAAAGUGUUGGUUUUUGAGGAGAGGGGAAACCUGGAGUACCCGGAGAAAAACCUCUCAGAGCAAGGGAGAGAACCAACAACAAACUCAACCCACAUAUGGCGUCAAAGCCAGGAUUUGAACCCGAGCCACAUUGGUGGGAGGCGAGUGCUCUCACCACUGCACCACCCUUGCUCCCCAAGGUGUUAACGGUUUUCAGAGUCGGACAGUAAUAGUUUAAUUGUUUUGUAUAUAUCUACUCCGCUUUUAGUAGUAAAGGGUUAGUUGUAUUUCUUACAGUGCUGGUUCUUGUCUCAACAGGUGACAGCAGUGCGUAAUGGAGUCCAAUCCAUGCCGACAUUCUUCUUCUACAAAAACAGAAAGAAAGUGGAUGAAAUGACAGGUGCAGAUGCCAAAGGCUUAGAAGAUAAAAUCAAUCAGUGGAUUGGUGGUGCUGUGGACACUGUGGUAUAAGUUAAUUUUGUUAAUUGUUAGCUUAGCCAAUUGUGAUAAGGACACCUCUCUUCACAGAGGCAGCAUAACCAAUUGCUGUAGUGAGGUGCUGUAUUCAAACUCAGAGUUCAAAUCCCUAUCAGGUCACUUUCUUGACAUGGGUUUGGAAGCUCCGAGCUCAACUCUUCAGUCAACACCCAACUGAUUUGCCUCUGAUCAGUUGAAAUUCUUGCUUGUCAUUUUUAUUAAUUUAAAAUAUCUGCUUCUGUUCUUGUUUGUGCACCACAGUGUAAACUGUUGGGUUUCCAGUAAAUGUGUCACCCUCAUCAAGUCAAUUUCUUUUUUACCCCUGCUGUGUUAUGCACAUUAAUUUCUUACAAAAGAUGGAUAAUUGCAGCAUACAGUUGAAACUCUCCACAACGGCCACCUUUGGAACAGAAGAGAGUGGCUGUUUUGAGCGGUUUAAACAAGACUCAAUGUAUCGACUGUCCGCCAAAAAAAGCGGCCAUUAUAGAAAGGUGGCCAUUGUGGAGAGGUGGCCGUUAGUGGAGGUUCGACUGUAUUUCACCCUUUAAGUCCCAAUAGUGACCAAGAUCAAAUUUCUCCAAACAUUAUCCAUACACUGUCAAGAGAUAAGUUAUGAGAAUUAAUAACAUGAUCACAUAAGAGAAAAUGCCUUGAUCUAUUACCAAAUUCUCUGCACUCAUUCUUUAAGGAAAUGUAUAGAGAUCAGGUUGGAGAAUUUGUAUGUUGAUAUUGGGUCUUAAAGGGUUAACAACGCUAUACUAGAAUACAGCUACAGGGCUUUCACUUAGAUUUCAAGCUGUAAAAUGUAAUAAGUAGGUGGGGCAGUGAACAGAUAGGAAUUUUUUUUGUUUCUACUUUUCUUGUUAUUCCUAUGAAAGUUGCCUGGGAUCAUACUCAUAAUAGCCAUGGGAAAUCCUUGGCUUCUGACCCUUAGUGGCGGUCACCCAGCUACAGUACAGUAUCACUACCAGUUGGUAAAAGCCUUUGGUGCUUUGUUCCCACGGGGAUGGUUUAACCCCAGGAGUCACUGGAUGCAUUUACAGGCGACUCUCUCUUAACUGACACCUCUAUAAGAUGGACACCUCUUUAAAAUGGACACUUAGAGUUGGUCCCUUCCUUUCUUUACUCCCUUUAUUUGACUCUUUAUAAGACGGACACCUCUCUAAGACGGACACUUAGUGCCGGUCCCAAAGGUGUCCAUCUUAGAGAGAGUUGACUGUAUUACUGUAUCUUCAAAUUAAUUCUAUUGUUUUCCCUCUUGACAGAGUGUGGAUCCCAAAAGAGUUGCAGUGGGGCGUGGAUGGGACUGUUUUGAGCAGUUAGUAGACAAUCCUUCAGACGUUUUUAUGGAUGCAUCAGGUCUUCUCCUCAAGUUUGCUUCUAAUAUUAUCAACAAUCCAGACAACCCUAAGUAUCGAUCAAUACGAGUAGGCAACAAAAUCUUUCAGUCGCGACUUCUGCCGGUGAAUGGGGCAGUUGAAUGUCUCUUUGCUAUAGGAUUUCAAGAGGUAUUCUCUUCACCUUUUUAUGUAGCAAAGUUAAAAUAUUGCCUUUAUUUACCUAGGCCGCAAAACAGCCUGUAUUUUUGCCUAGGUCAAGAAUGUGCAUUCAAUAGGCCAUUUCCCAGUUCCCCCCGGGGCCUCUGUAUAAAAACGAGGUUAAGUGCUCAGCCUUUCAUAUGGAAAUGGUUUUUCAUUCUCAUGCAAAUAAAACUCAUCUUCACAAGAAAGGUUGUGCACUUGGCCUCAUUUUGGAAGGGAGGGUUUUUGGAACUCAGAAGUGGCCUAUUCAGCCACUGUCUGCAAGUGAGGAAAGUUGGCAGUAUUUCUUUCUUUUUCUCUUCUUUUCUUUAACACUUCAGCGAGGUGACCAACUGGUCUGUCCACCUGGAGAAUCAUUAGAGAACAUGUUGAUACUCCAAGAUACAUUAAAUGAUGAAAGAAGCCAUCGCAGUGACUCUCAAGUAUCUAGCCCAUCACCACAGGGUAACAAGUCUUCAGGAUGUUCACCACCUAAUAUGGGAUGUGCACAGCCUUCCAUUAUUCCUAAUCCAACCGCAAGUUCCUCGGUAGGUAAAAGAACUUCUUUAAUUAUUGAUGCUGUCUCUCAGAAUGUUUUCCAUAAAGGAGUAUCUCCACUUAAUCUUGUUUCCCUAAGCAUAAGAGCUAAAAUACCAUUUUCAGCCAUGAGAGAGGAAUGGGAACAAGGUUACCCCUUUUUACCCCUAAUAAAGGCCAGUGUAAAAAGUUACAAAGUUCGAAAUAUCUUUUUGUGAAAUCCUAAGAAAUAUAUACCAUGCUAGGGUUCUGCCAAAGAGACUUCAUUUGAGGUUUUUGUCUGCAGAUUUUAAUUUUAAAGAGAUUGGGAUCACGCUGUAACUUGGUCCUUUUGUUCAAGGGUCAACCAUUUGAAUUCAGAUUGAGACAGUUCGCUAAGAUUUUGCCUGUUUGUUCUGUUUUGGUUUUAAUUUCUAGGACAAUGAAAGGGACUUCCUUCUUAGACUACAAAGCUCACUGCAGCAUGUGCUUCUGUAUGAAGACCCAGAAUUACAACAGCGGACACGUGAAUUUAUCCCUCUAGCUGAGUUGAGGAAAAGAGCAAAAGAGGCUAGUGACAGAACAAAAGAGGGAGGAGGGAGUGGCGUGGAUGAGCAGGAUUGUCUUAUUUUAGAACUUCUGUCUUGGUUUAAAGGUAUUAACAAUCCACUUGGCACAGAUUUCAGGGGCUUGUACAGUCUAACCUUCUGUUAGGAAGCAGGUUUAAGGGUCCAUCCACACUAGGUGUCUGCUCAAGGGAGGGUUAGAAGCAUUAGUUCUAGAAUCACUACUAGAAGACAGGAAAACAAUAUUCAGACUACAACUUUACACGGCUUGGAGUAGCGGAUGAUGUAGAAGUUGUGUUGUCCUGGCCAGUGGUGGGGGUGAAGGAGGGGAUUGGGGGGGGUGUAAGCAGCACUGUCCUUAUUAGAGUUCUUGGUACGUACUUUUUGGUGAAUCAAUUUUCAUUUGAACAAAGUGAAUUAUGUUUUAGUACUUGCUCCAGUCUAAUCAAAAUAGUCCUAUGUGAUGUUUUAAAAGGUGACUAAAAACUGUUACCAUAAUUCAUCUCAUUAAUUUUGAUUUAACUCAUUUCAGCUGAAUUUUUCAAGUGGGUGGACAAGCCAUCUUGCCCGUCCUGUGGUUCGCUGACAUUUCCUAUUGGUGUUAUUCCACCGACACCCGAGGAGGCCAGGUGGGGCGCUGGAAAUGUGGAAAGUUAUAAAUGUCAAACCUGCAUGAGGACAAUAAGGUUCCCACGAUAUAAUCAUCCUGCUAAACUGUUAGGUAAGGAAGAGAAUUCAUGGUCUAUAACCCUUGGUGUUAGCCUGCGAACACAGACAUAUUCUGGUCAUCAUUUCUCUCCACCCGGAAAGUUUUCGCGUGAAGUGAAGGAACUACCGGAAAUACGUCUGCGUUUGUAGGCUACCUUGGCCCUGCAAUGUAAAUUCUCCUUAUAACAUCACUUGUUUAUCAAUCAUAAUGGUCAUGAGAAUAUAGGAACUGAUCCUUCAAUUCAAAACAUUGCGUGGUGUAAAAGUUCCUUUUUAGUGCUGUGUUAUAUUGUGUAUGGAAUAAGAGUGUGGAGAAGGUUGAAAGUCGUUAACCAGGGCCCACCAUUUUGACUGAUAAAUGUCGGAGCUCUUAGUCUGAAUGCUGAGCUGAAUGGCUAUUCACGGCAGACGAGGCAAUCAUAAAUGAAUAUACAUAGCCAUUACUUAACGACAGCUUCGUCUAUGUGCAUUUUACUUCACUGCCAAUUGGUUGAGAAAGUGGUGAGAGCUUUUUUUAGCCAAUCACAACAAACUCAAACAAUCAGAGGUGAAAAUGACUGCAUUUACUUAACGCAAAGGGCGAGAGAAAUCGUGCGAGGAGGCUACCAUUGGAUUUUGCCUUACUUAGAUCUGAUUGGUCGGUAAGGUAGUACAAGAUUUUUUAACUGAUUGUAAAGCACAACUGGAGAAGCAAAGCAAUCACAGAUUUUAUGCACAUUAAAAUGAUCUUUGUGCUGAACAAGGAUUGUUAACCCUUCAAGCAUCUGAUCAACAGGGUUGUCUGAAAGUUUUGAAGUAGACGGCUGAGUUGUUAAACUAAGCGGCUAGUCCAGGGAUAUUUUAUUUAAAAAACGCUAUCCGUGAAGAAAUGCCAAGCAGAGUAGCCGGCCGAUACUUACCAAGUAGGCGGCGAUUUUCGCCGGCAGCUGGCUACUUUUGACAACCCUGGAUCAAUAUCCACAUACAAAUUCUCCAGGCUAUUCUUCAUAUACAUUUCCUUAGAAAAUAAGUUGAGAUAAAUUACCAAAAAUCAAAGCCUUUCUCCUUUCAUGAUCAUUUGAUCAAUUCUCGCAACCUUUUCUUUUGAUGACGUAAGGUUAUAAGUAGGAGAAAGUUGAUGUUGGUCACUCUUUUCCGCAGAAACCCGCAAAGGAAGGUGUGGUGAAUGGGCUAACUGUUUCACACUUUGUUGUCGAGCUGUUGGGUUUGAGUCACGUCAUGUGUUAGACUGGACUGAUCACGUGUGGACUGAAGUGUACUCCGAGGCGCAGAAGAGAUGGCUUCAUUGUGAUUCUUGUGAGAACACGUGCGAUAAACCACUUCUUUAUGAGGCUGGCUGGGGGAAGAAACUUUCUUACAUCGUCGCAUUUUCACAUGAACAGGUCAGUGAACUGUAUAACCCCCCUGAAGAAUGCCGAAAUUGAAAAUUCGAGAAAAAUUUCAAAUUUCGCUUUGUUAAAUACUGAAAAAACAGGUGACCGUGCGGAAGCACGGCCCACUAGGUUUCGUUUGACUGUUCACACCACCGUGACGGGAUUUUGUUCACGGACACAAAAGUUACAACGAUAAGAUAAGAGAGAAAGCCUUCCCGCAGAAAAAAGCUGGCUCAACCGUUAAAAAGCAUUAAACAUUCCUGAAAUAAAAAAAAAUGCCGAAAAAAAAAAAUUGUUAUACCGUGCGAACGCAUUGUCCCAAAAGGUUUCGUUUGAAUAGAGGUUAGUCUGAAAAGGAAAUGUGGUCUGCAUUGGUUGGGGCCACAUCAAAAGAUUCCACAAGAAUAAUUGUUCGAUGUCAAGGAUGAAUGUUGUACCGUAUUAUACUCCAUGUGCAUCCAUCUCAUUGAUGUGCGUUAUAAACUACAGUGUUUAUCGUAGCCUGUUCCCGGCUCUCAGAUAGUGGGGGAGACGCGAAAGUGAAAAGCACGCGUAAAGUUGGCGGGGCGAGAAAAAGAGGCGGGAGAAAGGAAGAAGGAAGGAAUCGCCGGCGCUUUCUCAAUUCAGCGGACCCGACUAUCUCGCAGUCGGCCGGAAACAGGCUAUGUUUAUCCAAAGUACCGACGUUUUUGCCAGUCAAACCCACCAAGUGAGUUGGCCAAAACCUUUUAGAAUUCCAUCCAUAGAUUCCAUAGUUGGGAUCUCACAAUAACUCGGUAUAACAGUAAAACGUUUAUCGUGGUUGCUUGAGGUUUCGGACAGUAUCCCUUAUUUGCUUUGUGUUUAUCAGGUGCUGGAUGUGACGUGGCGUUACUCUGCUAAACACGAUGAAGUGCGCAAGGCAAGAACACUCGUGUCUGAAAAAUGGUUAAGUGAAACAAUUUCCAAUCUAACAGAAGAGGUGAGGAAAUGGUAUCAGGUCGAUUCGCCCGAUGGGAGUUCGCCCAGACUAAGGCGAUUCGCCCGAUGUGUAUUUUUUGUUCUUUAAGCCUGAGGAAUAAGCAUGGAAAGACAGUGACUGCACAUGUGAAAUCCAAGGUUAACUAAAAUAACAUCUCUGAGAAGUAGGUUCACCAUCGGGCGAAUCGACUUAUGUCUUUGCGAACGCCUUCGGGCGAAUCGACUUUCCGGCGAAACGACCGCAAUUCGAGGAAAUGACUCUUGUCGAACGCACGCCGUUGUUAUUAAAGGGUGCAAAAUGUUAAUUUGUUUCAUUCUCUUCUUUUUCCACUUUUCAAGACUGUCUAAGGUUGGGCACGAUGGAUACUAUUGAGUAUUAGAAAUACACAGAAAGAUUUUACUACCAUGCAAAAUAUUCUACCAAGUCGGGGAUGUAGAUGCUAUUUAAGCAAUAGACCGGCCAUUCUAUUGGCUCGAGCGUUCUCUCCUAAGCAGAGCCCUAUUUGUGUCGUCGGGGGAUGGGGAGAGGAAAAGGUGCGCGGGGGCAAUGGGAAAGAACACCGAGCGCGUACCGGUUUUAAUCGUUUUGUUUUUAUUGGAGUACUCAGCUGGAGGCUCUGUGGAGAAGAGAGGUUUAACGCGUUAUAAACAUGGGUGGGUGGCUGGAAGAACUCGAUGAAUGGGGAGUUUUGGGGGUGUUAUCUGUGGUUUACAGUUCACUUAAUUUUUAUAAGCUAGCUUGCCUCUCGCUGUUUUUCGUUUGAUCUAUCUUAUAGCCUUUUUGAAUAAACUGGAUCUAGCUUGUAGUCGUCGAGGUCAUGCAAGGUAAACUAAUACCAUUUACCGUAAAAUGGCCGAUAUUAGCGCCGACUGCUCAUUCCUGUUUGAUUCCUGUCCGGGUCAGAUCUGGUCUGUUAUACUCCUGUGUCUCUCGCAUCUAAAUCUUGAUUCAAAUUGUCUUUAGCGCCAAAGAAACUUAAGUGAAGAACGGAAGAAGGUCUUAAUGGAACGCCAAGUAAAGGAAAUUGUAGAAUUUUUUACCAUCAAAUCUGUCCGCGAUGGUGAGCUUCAGGGGAGAGUCUCGGGUGAUUUGGCCUGGAGGCUGCUUCGAGGAGAAACAAAAGUACAAGAAGAUGAAUAUAAGGUUAGUGAAGUUUGAGAAAUACGCGAACGGUUGGAUUUUAUCUACUCAGUUGAUAACGUGAAUUUAAGUUAUUACUCGUCGUAAAAGGUUGAAAAGCCGACGUUUUGAGCUGAGCGCACGAGAAGUCAUCUUUUAAAUCGUUUUACGGUGGUAGAGCAAAUUGACUUUACGAACUCAGUUGAUGCCCCCCCCCCCCCCCCCUCCCCUCUUCCACUGACGCAGCCCUUCCAGUUCCUCAAUUUCUUCAGAAGGCCUUCAUUUCGCCUUCAUUGAGAAGAAGCUAAAGUAAUGGAGUUCCUGCCACGGCCUGGACGUUAUGAAUAGAAUACAACGAGUUUGAGAUUUUUUUAAACUGUUGGAGUAUGACGUUAUCGAGUUAGAGUUUCCAAAAAAAUGAAUACAUUGGCGAGAGAAACGCCAAAUUGCCUCUGUAAAAUCGCUAAAUGCAUUGAAAUGCAACUAAAAAUAGUCAAUGAUUUCUUGACAGAAAUAUAUAUUUCAUGUCCAGUGGACUUUAAAGUUAUUUUCAUUUGUUGAAAUAAAUGAAAUAAACAAAGAAAUAAAUAAAGACCCUAGCAUGGUUCCAGGUGAUAGCAACUGUGGGCUUGGUCUCCAAGCCUCAAAUCCAAGCUCAAGUAUAAGCCACUCUGUUCUAUGUCUUUAUUUAGCUGAGUAACAUAUUCGUUUGUCUUCGUUUUCGUUGUAGCACGAACCUUACAUUUACAAACCUACUGACGAGGAAAUCAAGGAAAAAAGGUGUGUUUUUUUAAUGCUUUGACUAUUUGACGAUUUUCUAUUAGUUAUGAAUGCAUUAUUUUCGCGUUAUCAUUUCUGCGCGUGAAUUCCUUGCGUGCGCAUCGUAAAACGCUGGGAUUAACUAUACACAGUCACAACCGCGUCUAACUGCCUUAAAGCCUCUGAAAAAUAAUUUUUGAAAAGGUGUCUUGAUAGACCAUUUCGAAAAGUACCAUAAUAUUUCUGAAAUUGCCGUUUGGGUAGCGCUUAAUGUGAAUCUUACUUCUCCAUAUCUUUUGUGGACGAUCUGCACGUGAUGUGCACGUGCAAUUCGUCAGUUUGCAUCUAAAAAAUUAUUUCAUUACAUGUCUUGUAGAUUGCGAUUUUGCUACAACUGUGUUAUAAACAAGUAUCUCAGAGGCUUUGAUAGAAAGCUAGACAUAUCCGACUGGCAAUCAAGAGUUGCUUCAUAUAGCUCUAUGAUGCGUAAAGUUGAGCGCGAUUGGAAAAUGGUAAGUUCUACAACGCUGAAUUACUCUGUACAAAACGACACUUCAUCUUUAACCCGACAACUUAACAAAGUUGUUACGGUAAACACCCUAGCCUGCGAGCAAUCUAUCCAUUUCUGGUGAGCGAAACGAGACGCGUAAAAACGCACGAGUGAGUGGCGAAGCCGAGACUUCGGGUCUUCUUUCGCGUGCCGCUCACGCGUGACUUCUCGCGACUUUCCCAUUUUGACAGCUUGCUUGCUUGCUUGAAAGGCCUCAAAACGGUUUUUGCAGAUAAUAAAGGACAAUCGGGUCCUUUGUCAUUUGUCAGUAAAAUUCUAGGUAAAUGUCAUUAUAACUGUCAGUUAACCUCUUCCAGAUCCUCUUAUGAGAACCUGAUAUAUAAGAACCUCACUUCAUUCUACCAUUCUUGUUCGUGUUCCCGAAAAACGGGAGAUCUUGUAUUCGCGAGUUUUUACUUAAGUAAAUUCAAUGUAAAAACAAAAUACUACUGUGAAGGGUCUGAACCCAGCAGUCAUUUAAUAAGUAGGUUGAGUAUGAUCGUCGACAAUGACAGUCCUAUUCAGUCCUACGUUCACCCGGACGAUCAUACUCAACCUGCUUAUGUUAUGGACUACUAUUGUCUACUGACAUCCUCGGUUUUGCAUGGUGUGGUUCGUGUAGAGACUUUUGGCGGGAAACGGUUCUGUUGGUUAAUGCCAUGUGAUUUCAAGAACGCGAGCUUUUAGGAAAAGCUUGCAGCUCUGUAACUGGAAACAGUUCAGCUUAAGAGACCCAGAUUCGUUGCUAGGGUCCUCGUGUUCCCAUCCCGGAGGCGAGGCUGUAAUACACCAUGUUAGCCUGUGAACAGGCCUUUAGUCGAGCGGCGCUAUUUUUCCCCAAACAGAGAGCCUGUUCACAGGCUAACACCAUGUAUGUUUUCAAGUACCCGUAUUUACCCGUGUAUAAUGCGCACUUUUUUUACGACAUUUGAGGCUGAAAAAUUACGCUGCGCAUUAUACACGGAACCUUUUGUUUCCGAAGCGCUACUCAUUUGCAUAAACAAAAGAAACAAUAGCAGAUGGCUGUUUCCAGGACUGUUGUUAUGACAAGAAUAUAAACUACCUAUCACAGCUGUUUAAUUACAAUCAAUAAACAACAAUCGGUAUUUAAAGACAAUGUUGUCAAGUAUCUUUAUUUCAAUCACUGUUAACUUACGUGAUCGAUUAUGGCGACGAAGCGACAAAGUUAUACAACAUCAGAAAAGUUAAAGAUUAUACAGUUUGCAGAAGAACACGGAAAUCGAGCAGCCCAGAGAGAGUUUGGAAUUGCAGAAAGUAACGUUCGUUUGUGGCGCAAGUCCAAAGAAGAAUAUUUUGUUGUAUUUUGCGCUGAAAAUGUUUCGGUUUGUGCCCUCUUAUGACAAUACGAAUUGCAAUUUUUUUCUAGAAAGUGUCUUGAAAAAUAGGGUGCGCAUUAUAUACGGGUGCGCAUUAUACACGGGUAAAUACGGUAUAUAUAGCAGCACAAAGCCCCUGUAAUUCUUAUGAACUGUUAUUUUCAGACAUAUUUAUCGAGGACAGAAUCUGCUUCAACAGGCUCAAUAACAUGGCAGGUAGAUUUAAGUUCUUGCAAUUUAGUGAUUGACAGCGUUACCAUAGUAGCAACAAGCACCACGUUUCAGACAGGUAGAGUGGACUGGGUGCUAAGUGGAGAUGACGAGAGCCAACGGGAGAAACUUUCUGGAGGUAGGUCGUUUUAUUUUCCACUGCAUUUGUUAAAUCGUGGUAACUGUUUUUAAAUUUAAAUACAAGUGUUAGUGAACGGCAAAACGCUUGUGUGUAACAAACGUGACAGGCCUAUUAUUUGCAUGUUUCGUCGUGAUCUUUACCUAACAUCACUGCUUUCUGGUCUUUUACAAAAAGAUCUGUUUAAAGGAGGGUGAAGUUUGGCGGAAAGGUUUUUUAACCAAAUUAUUGUCACUCUUGUCACACAAGGUUUGUCGUCUUCUUUCCUCCGCCCUCCUUUUGCGUAAGUUCACUAUUAAUUUUAUAUUUUUCGUUUAUUCUCUUCUUACAGGACAAGAAUCAACCAUUUCCUCAGCUCUGAGUGGCUCGAAGACCCUGAAACUCACAGCUACCAUUAGUGGCGGGAAAGGAGACGUUGCUUGGCAACACGCGCAGCUGUUUCGUCAGUCCUUUGAUAGCCAGAGUGAAUACCCACUUGACAUUGCGGUCUUUUUUCGAGAGUCUGAUCGUGACACUCAUCUUUAGUUUGCUUGACACACAGAGAAUUUAUUAACCACAUGUUCCAUCUUUAGGUUACGUUACAUAGAACUUCUAGCAAUGUUAGCAAUAACAACCCUUCCUUUGUGUCGUCACGCAACGCUCCAUCCCAGAGCGUUGCGUGACGACACAAAGAACGAUCAUGUAGCAGAGUAGCGGGUCCUAAGUUGCCAAAAUUGUGCAUGCAGUUGUGCAGACGGACACCGUGGGACCGGAACUACGUGGACGUCUUUGAGAGGUGUCUUCGCAAUAGAGAGUAAAUAGAGAAUGGCAAGAACCAACUCUUCCGGUGGAGGACUGCCAUACGAAAAAGAGGGGGAUACCCGUCGGAAAAUUAGAAUUGAGCUCUUUAAUAGAGUCCAAUCUGGGUGUGGCUUUAUUCGAACCCUAAAGGUUUCUACUCCAACACAGUAUGACGACAUUCUUUGUUUGUUUGUUAAUUAUAUUAUUUAUAGAGAUUUCUUAACGUACAUCCCCAAGCGAUACCUUAAUAGGUAAAAAAAAAAUGGUUUUCGUCCUAGGACCUGUUUCUCGAAAGUCCCGGUAACUUUUCGGGGCCGUAAAGGUGUUUUAUGUUUGCCGUUUUGGCAUUCAAGCUCAAAGUUUCAAUAAUUUUGAAAAUGAAACAAGGACUAUCAGAUAACGCAGCAAAAUUGACGGGUUUGUGAGUUUGUGAACUAUGCUACUUUUCAACAGGUUUUGAUUUGAAAAUUUGCCUUCGGGCCCGAAAAGUUACCGUCUCGUUCAAGAAACAGGCCCUUCAGCACUUUAAGCGUGACCAAACUAUCUAAUAUUUCAAUUGUUGACCCUUGCGCGAAACGAGACGAAAAACGUCCCCGUCAUAUUCGUAUGGGAGUCCUCCCACGGGUGUGUCCGUUUAAGGGUGCAUUGGAUUGAUCGUAUUCCAGAAUAAGAAUACAGUCGACUCCCGAUAACUCGAACCCUCGCCAACUCGAACCUCGCGCUUACUCGAACCAAAAUCGAUUUCCUUUUGAUUUCCUUCAUACAUUGACUGUAAUUUUACCCUCUGUAGCUCAAACCAUGGUUUAGCGCGUUACAAUGCGAAAAAAAAAACGCAGUGAACCGCGGUCGAAAACAUUGAAUUUCUCUCAAAACAAUCGUGUUUUCUUUCUUUUUAAGCUUCUUUACUUUUCUCGAACUCUGUUUUCCAUUAUUAUAUAAAACAAAACGUGGACAGUAACAAGUGCCUCGAGGGAGUGUGCCUUGUUUUGCACUGUAUUUGCUCUGUAUAGAAUAAAGGAAUAGUCGAAAAAAGGUUGCCUAAGGCCACCUAGGAAAUAAAUAUUGUAGAAAUUAGAAGUCAAAAAAGCUAAUAUAGUAUUAGAGGAACGUUAUGUGGCUUUAAAAAACUUAUUGACAAAGUAAAAGGUAUAAAGUAAUUGAAGGGACCGGUUGGUAUAAGUAGUUGUUAAGGGUUUUUUCUCGUAGAACGAACCGAAAGAUAAGAGUAGAAAAGACUAAUAGCAACUAAGAGAACAUGUUAUAAAAAUCAGUAAAAAUUUAAAAAUGGUUUGCCGGUAAAAAAACCGGAGUUUUAAAGGGUAGAUGUCUCAGAAAAAAUAAAAUGAUUUUACAACCCCGU